GGAAUUCAUGUCUCCUAGCAACAAGCCGUGGUCGCACAAGAGGGCGGAGUGCUGAGCUGAUACCUGUCAAGAAACUUAAAUUGUACUGGAAAAGUCCAAAUGGAGCUGUCAAUGCCUCCACCUCAGAUCUAUGUAGAAAAAACUCUGGCCAUUAUCAAACCAGAUAUUGUUGACAAAGAGGAGGAGAUACGAGAUAUUAUUCUCAGAUCUGGAUUCACCAUAGUUCAGAGACGAAAACUACAACUUAGCCCUGAGCACUGUAGUAACUUUUAUGUGGAACAAUAUGGGAAAAUGUUUUUCCCCAAUUUAACAGCUUACAUGAGUUCUGGACCACUUGUUGCCAUGAUAUUAGCUAGACAUAAAGCCAUCUCCUAUUGGAAAGAACUUUUGGGACCAAGUAAUAGCUUAAUAGCUAAGGAGACACACCCAGACAGUCUAAGGGCAAUCUAUGGCACAGAUGACCUAAGGAAUGCACUACAUGGGAGUAAUGACUUUGCAGCAGCAGAAAGAGAAAUUCGGUUCAUGUUUCCUGAAGUGAUUGUUGAACCCAUACCAGUUGGGCAAGCUGCUAAGGACUAUUUAAAUUUGUAUGUAACACCAACUCUGCUUAAAGGACUCACAGAACUUUGUAAGCAAAAGCCAGCAGAUCCUUACAUUUGGCUAGCUGAUUGGUUGCUGAAAAAUAAUCCCAACAAACCUAAACUUUGUCACCAUCCAGUUACAGAAGAACCGUAGUAAAAUAAAUUCUUCAAGGAACAGAUCAUGAACUAUC